AUGGCCGUCUCUCCCGUCGUCACCACCACGACCGCCGCCCACGACCUCCCCCGCUCCGUCUCCUCGCCCCUCAAGAACCUCGCCUCGGGCCCCGCCUCGUCCAAUGGCACCCCCAAGCCCGCGCCCGUCGGUGGCGCGACCACUCUUCCGCCGACGCUCGACCUCGCCGAGCAGAUGAAUGAGGAGGAGAAGCGCAAAUACGCCAAGGGCAAGAAGCUCGGUGAAGGUACCUACGCCAUCGUCUUCCUCGGCCACCUCCGCGCCCAACCCUCGACGCUCGUCGCCAUCAAGAAGAUCAAGGUUCAGAAAGAGUACACCGAGGGCAUGGCCCCCGACGCAGUCCGCGAGCUCAAGCACCUGCAGGAGCUGCGCCACCCCAACAUCAUCUCCCUCCUCUCCGUCUUCUCCUCCAAAGACCAGAACCUCAACCUCGUGCUCGAGUACCUCCCGCUCGGCGACCUCGAGAUGCUCAUCCGCGACACGGACCGCGUGCGCUACGGCGCCGCCGAUAUCAAGGCCUGGAUGGGCAUGCUCACCCGCGCCGUCUGGUUCUGCCACGAAAACUUUGUCCUCCACCGCGAUAUCAAGCCUAACAACUUGCUCAUCGCCGCCGACGGCGAGGUCAAGCUCGCCGAUUUCGGUCUCGCGCGCUCCUUCGCAGACCCCCACCACAACAUGACGUCCAACGUCAUCACCCGCUGGUACCGCCCGCCCGAGCUCCUCUUCGGCGCGAGGCACUACGGCGGCGCCGUCGACAUCUGGUCCGUCGGCACCGUCUUCGCCGAGCUCGUCAUGCGCGCCCCCUACCUGCCAGGAAACAACGAGCUCGACCAGAUCAAGCUCAUCUGCGAGGCCAUCGGCACCCCCAACGACGACGUCUGGCCCGGCGUCUCCAAGCUCCCCGAGUACACGGUCCCCGCGCAGCACCCCGUCCGCGGCCGCGACUGGUACGAGAUGCGCUUCGGCACCGUCGGCCCGGACGGCGUCGACCUGCUCAUGCGCACCCUCGCCCUCGACCCCAAGAAGCGCAUCUCGGCCCGCGACAUGCUCCGCCACCGCUGGUGGCACUCGGAGCCCAAGCCCACCCGCAACCAUCGCCUGCCCCGCAAGGACACCGGCGGCGAGGACCGCAUGGGCGCCGACCUCAAGCGCCGCCCGGGCGUCGUCACGGGCGAGGAGGACCGCGGCGCAAAGGUCGCCCGCAAGCUCGACUUUGGCGGCAAGAAGUAA